GUCAAACGGUUGUUGACUCGCGAGUGUAUCUCAAUUCUCAGACCUCUUCCUCGAUCGUCAAUAACAACAAAUUAAUGUCAAUAAUUCUUUUCGACGCAGAAUGCCGUGUUGUCAGUGAGUUAAAGUGAUUAUAUCAUUUUAAAGUAAUGCCUUACUAACUGUAUAUAGUCCGAUUUACGUACUCGGUUCUUUAAAACUGAAUUAUUGGUGCGUGAAUCGUAAAAUACAUCUUGUUUUGCUUUUCACGUCCUGUUUUUAAAAGUGCAACACACCUUUUCUUCGUUUUCGCGUUAUUGUAUCUGUUUCUUUUCCAAGAACUGGUAAAUAUUUUUUCCAUUAACAUUUUUGCUCCGAAAUAUUUUACGACAAUCGAAAUUAGGAAAGUGAAAAUACGUACAGUGCUGGUUUAUUAAAUAAAAAAUGUGUUUUGUGAAUGUGUGAUGGAUUUUCCGCAAAGGCGUGGUUAAAAUUACCCCCUGCAUAGAAGGGCUCCCCCCAGGGCUCCCCCCACGGCUCGGUGAUGUCGUGCCAGUCGCUGGCGGCGCGCGCGUUCGCCGAGCCAGACAAGGAUCCGCACUGCGCCUCGCGCGCCACCUUCCACAGAACGGUGCGCUUCAGUCCAGAUUCUAGAAGUCAAUCUAGAACUCCCAAUGACACUGAAUGCAAGCGAGAAACGUCAGGCUCGCUGUCGCUGAGCGCGCUGGCGGGCGCCAUGAGCCAGUCGGCGCCCGGCGCCGCGCAGGCCUUCGCGCUGCGGGACGCGUCGCCGCCCCCCUCGUGCCGCUUCCCCAAGCUGGAGGAGUGCGCGCACUUCCACUACGAGCGCGUGCGGCUGGGCGGCCUGCGCGUGUCGCUGGUGCCGUGCGACUCGCCCGCCGACUCGCCGAGCGAAGGCUGGGUGUGCCUGCGGGUGCGCUCGCACGUCAACGAGUCGCCGACGGCGUCGCGCGCGCUGUCGGCGAGCUGGACGGAGGCGAGCGACGUGCGCGAGUGGACGCUCACCCGCAACAAGGACAACUUCCUGCAGCUCGACGACAUACUGCACCGGUGUAUAUACGACCGUAAAGUGUCCGGGCUCCCGAACCUGAAGGACGCCAUGACGCCGGAGCUGCUGCAGGACGAGGACGAGUACAAGCAGCUCAUCUCGGACUACGUGCACCACCUGUCCAUCAUCGCGGACGACUCCAUCAACUGCGGGCCCGCUCUCAACUGGUUACAGAUGGACAAUAAGGGUCACAAGCUGCUCGUGUCGAACGAAGACUCGAGCUCCAUAAACACGCCCGCCGUCGCCGCCGCCUACUCCGUCCGGAAAUACGUGUCGCAGGCGCGGGACGAGAUCAGCUUCGAGGUCGGCGACAUGAUAUCUAUAAUCGACAUGCCAGGCCCGCAGGAGUCCACGUGGUGGCGCGGCAAGCGCGGCUUCCGGGUGGGCUUCUUCCCCCACCACUGCGUCGCCGUCAUCGGGGACAAGGUGCCGCGACACAUGACGCAGCCGCCCCCCAUCGUCGGGUCAGUAGCGGUCGCCCCGAUCAAGCCCGUCCUCAGGAAGCACGGCAAGCUGAUCUCGCUGUUCCGAAGCUUCAUCCUGUCCCGGCCGUCGAGGCGGAGUCUGAAGCAGCAGGGCAUCCUGCGGGAGAGGGUGUUCGGCUGCGACCUGGGCGAGCACCUGCUGAACUGCGGACACGACGUGCCGCAGGUGCUGGCCGAGUGCGCCAGCGGCAUCGAGCGGCGCGGCGCCGUGGACGGCGUGUACCGGCUGUCGGGCGGCGCGGCGCUCACGCAGCGCCUGCGCGCCGCCUUCGACGCGGGCGCGCGCGUGGACCUGGCGCCCGCGCUGCAGCGCGACCCGCACGCGCUGGCCUCGCUGCUCAAGAUGUACUUCCGCGAGCUGCCCAACCCGCUGUGCACCUACCAGCUGUACGACGCCUUCGUGCGCGCCGUGCAGGCGCCCGAGGAGCUGCGCCUGCGCGCCGUGCGCGACACCGUGGUCAAGCUGCCGCCGCCGCACUACCGCACGCUGGCCUACCUGGCGCGCCACCUGCGCCGCGUGUCGCUGCUGAGCGCCUCCACCGGCAUGACGGCGCGCAACAUGGCCAUCGUGUGGGCGCCCAACCUGCUGCGCUCGCCCGAGCCGCAGCACGCGCUGCAGGGCGUGGCCGUGCAGGCCGUGGUCACCGAGUUCCUCAUCUGCUACGCCGAGGAGCUGUUCGCGCAGGAGCAGGGCGCCGACUCGGGGCCCAGCUCGCUCGAGCAGGACUGCUACGACUCUCAUGUGGAGCUGAGGUGUCUCAACGAAAUAAGCAGGCGGCCGAAGAGCCUGCCUCUCAAUCCUCCCACCAAGCUGUUGAGCCUGGAGGAAGCCCGUCGCCGCGGUCGGGAGAUCAUCCCCCCCACUCUGCGACCCGCCGGACACGUGCCGCCCAAGUAUAUUGAGGUGGGGUCGGGUCCGAACAACCUACCGCAGUACCACACGAUACUGGAUCUACCCGUGCCAGGCUCCAAGCGCGCCCUGAAGCGCUCCCCGUCCGGCUGGCGCGGCCUCUUCAGCCGCAGCAAGCGGCCGCCCAGCGCGCCGCCCGCGCCCCCCGCGCCCGUAAGCCGCACGCACAAACACACGCCCACGCACACACACACGAGCUCGCGCACUGACCGCCGCUGCCCGCAGGCGCCGUGCCCGGCGGCGCUGCGGCCCGCCAAGUCGUGCGAGUCGCUGACGUCGGAGUCGGACGCGCUGCCGCCGCUGGCCGCCGCCGCCGCGCCGCUCAAGCAGCACACGCGCUCCGCCUCGUGCGACUCGUACUUCGAGCCGUGGCAGGCCGAGCUGGCCGGCAUGCGCCUGCGCCUGUCGCCGCAGGAGCGCGACCGCAACAUGUUCAGCGAGGAGGACGACGCCGCCGCGCUGGCGCCCAGCCCGCCCGACUCCGCGCCCGCCAGCGCCGCCGCCUCGCCGCGCCGCCCCGACGCCGACCCCGCCGAGAGGAAGCGAGCCGCGCUGGCGAGGCUGGAGGCGCAGGUGGCGCAGCUCGGGUACAUCGACGGCGACGCCGACGCCGCCGCCGACGGCCAGCCCGCCAAGAGAAUAUGCAAAGAUCGAGACAGUCCGCUGUCGUCGACCUCCGACUUCCAAACCUCCCUGACGAACGUGAAGCUCAGAGAUCGAAACUCGCCGAGGAAACAAAAAAACACAUCACGGUACAGCGGCUUACACAAUCCGGUUCUGACCGAUCCGGACAAGCCUCUAUCGCGACUGACGUGGCACGGGAAGGACGGGCAUUCCACGCUGAUCAAGAUCGACUGGCCGGCCGAGAACUCGUCCGUCAGCAACUUGACGACCAGCACCGUCAACUCGACGCCGGUGACGCCGGUCACUCCGGUCUACGACCCGCUCGAGAGCGACUCGGAGGUCAGCGAAAACAAACACACGAUUACGAUCAAGAGUAGCGAUUGUAACAAUUGCGACGAGGAGAAGUGUCUCAAGUGCGAACUGAAAGCCACAGACUACGAGAACAUGAAGGAAAUGGCGCGCGACUACUCCGAGCACAACCUGCACGACAGUCUGGAGCCCAGCCCGCUACACUCGACCGACAUCAGCUACCAGAACCUCAACAGGCUGUCGGCCGUGUCGACGUCCUCCAACUCGGAGCAGCACUCCCACAAGAAAGAGGGUGACGUCAUGAAAGUGAUGACGUCCUCGCACGAGAGCUCGUCGAGCUACUCCAACGUUAGUUACAAACAAGAUGAGUUGUACGAGUGCUACAACUUCACGAGACCCAAUUACAUCAAUCUCUCGUCGAGUACGUCCAAGAGCUCGCCCGGGAGCCCUUUGAAGAGUCCGAUAAAAUCAACGAUCAGUAUAACGUUCAGAUCUCCCGUCAAGACUAAAACUCCCGACUACGAACCGAUAGGAAAUAGCGAGACUCCGACCAAUGAGAGGGAUUCGGUGUACGAAGAUAUAGAUUUGGAGAAAAAUCUAUCCAUAGUCGAGGAUGCCAGUGUCCCGCAGACGGACGCGAGUCUGCCGACGCAACAGGCGUGUCAGCCGGAAGACUUCGACCACGAUCUCAUCAUACUCGAAACUCCGACUGAAUCCAAUGUGGACAACGGCGUAGGUGUGUACAGCCAGGUUAAGUUCUUCAAGAAAAGCAUAGAGGAAGUUAACGCUAUGAUACUAGAAACGCCCGAGAGAGAGACGGAAUAUGAAAAUGUAGCGUUUGCGGAAACGAGACAACGCGAAUACGAAAAUAUAAAUGUUGAUACUCUUAAAAUCUGUGAUAAAGUAGAAAUAAGUAGUGUAGAUACAGGGGAAAACGAAUCUUUGGAGAGAGAAAAUGGUAAUGUCAUAAAGCCGAGAAUCGCCACAAAGAACUUAAACGUCAGAGAGCUGGCGAUACGGUUUGAAAGCCCAACGGAGCAAAAGGGACCGUUCACGUUCGAUAAAUUUAAGACCGACGUGAAGUACCCCACCUUAGAGCGAAAGGACGACAAACGAGAGGCGAGGAAGAAAGAGACAAAAAAUCCUCCGCCCAUUUCACCGAAAACUUACAAAUUAACGAAAAAUUCGAAUGCUAGAUCGCUGGACGAAAACGCAUUCAUUAAAGAAUUCGGUAACGAUAAGGACAGGCGAAGGAGCAUGGAGGUGAAAGACGUCAAGCGACAGUCGAAGUACUUCCCAGACCUUAAUUUGAACAUGGAGGAAUCGGAGACGAAACUAGAAAGCAUAACACCCACUACGGAAAAUAAAUUAUCUCUGAUACAGAGAUUUGACGUCCAAAAGCCAACCGAUUUGAAGAAUAUAAUAGGCUUUGACACGGAGAAGAAAUUAAGUCGGGAAAGAAUCGAAAAAUAUAAGGAGGAGAGGAGGAAUUUCCUCAGGGAGAAGUACAGCUCCCAAUCGUUCAGAAGUAAUCCCGAGCAGUUGACUCGCAUCAAACUAAAAAAAGACGAUAAGAAUGACUGUGAGAGGUUAAAAGAAGACCUGCCCAAGUUCGAACGGAGGAACACCGUCGACCUCGGGCAGAGGAUGCGCUUUUCCCUAGCCAGGAGUGCGAACAACCUGGACACCAUACCGUCCCCCGUGAGCCCUAGUGACGAGCUGCCUCGGAAUGGCGAGGCGAGUGAACGGGGCCGAGACGAGAGGAGAGAAAAAAUUUCACCUUCAUACAACAUUCGCGACAUGGCCGCCAUUUUCGAGCAGAAAUCACAAAGCAACGGUUGACGCUCGCACCGUUAUAACGUGUAACGUCAACCGUUAUAACGUUACGAAAUAACAAUAAUCCCGUUGCGAGUGAAACCGUUAUUACUUAAGUUAUUUGAAAUCGUUUUUAUUGGAAGGCUUUUUGAAAAUGUAAUGUGUUUAAUGUUGGAUAAGAUUAAUUAUUUACUUAUAAUCGAAUUAGCUGAAUUUGUCAACGAAUUGUCGUCAGUGUACCGCACAUAGUAAAAUAAAUUCGAUCGUUAAAAGGUUUGGUGUUAUUGUGCCGAUAAUAUACUAAGAGUCACGGGUCCGUUUGUUAAUUACGAGUUCGUUUGUAAACGCUGAUUGCAUUGUUACUUUUGGCUAAAUUUUAUUAAUUAAUUCUAAAGUAAAUAAAAAACUCAAGAGAAUAAUACGUCUAGCUCAAACGCCACCAUUCCGUGUCAACAAAGUUGUAUUCAUCAUACAUAAGAACUAUUUACAUUCAAAACUUAAUAAAUACAUAUACAGAUGAAAUGUUAAAGAUAACUGUACGAAUGGUGACAGCGAUGGAUGGCGGCAGAGUGCUAGCAACGUUACGUCAUUUCGAGAUCGCAGAUCUGAAUGUAUACUGUGAAUGGCCAUACUGAAUAUAAUUAUGUUUCUCGUGUAAUAAACUUGGAAGCUUAGGGAUCGUUGUUUGUUAUUAUUAUUUAUUUUUUAAACUAUAGUUUUAAUAUUUGACUCGAGAAAAUACUGCAUUACAAUACUGGUUCGGUGUCGCCAACUCUUGUAUCAUUUGUUUCUAAUUAUAAUCAAUGAAAAAGAAACGAGUACUGUAAUUAUUAAUUAAUUUUGUCAUUGGAAGACGUUGAAUCGGUCACAGGUAAUAUUAAAAUUAAAACACAGUGGCCGAUACAACAAACAGCAACAAUAUUCAGCGUAAGCGAAUUUUCAUUGUCCUUGAGACAAGUUUCAUUAAAAUAUAAUCCUCACUAUAGUUGUCUUUCGAUUACUAAAGAUAAAUUAAUUUUUGUUUUUUUUUUUUUUGAUCGCAUUGCACAUCGAGGAUAAAUUAAGUCAAAAAUAAAUAAAAUAAACGGUCAACAUUAGUCAGUAAUGAGUGACAAUUACAUUUCCGCGUUGACUUUGUCUCAUUUAGACGGAACGGUCAGUUCGAUCUCGUUUUUAUUAACGUUACCUUUAGAACUGUCGAGUGAUGCAGUGUUUUCUCUCGAAGUCGGUAACGAAACAUCACGACUCUAGUAUUAUUAAUGGUUAUGCUAUUAUUCUAUGAAUAGUUGUGUUAUGUGUUGUGAACAUUUGAAUCUCUUUUAUUUUACAAUUUCGGAAAAGUAUUCGAAUAGAAGCCUGACGUCACGGCGACUGCGAGGGUGCACGCGGACGAUGCAUUACAAGCACGAGGGGAAAAAAUAUUAUUCAAUUUCCAUACAAAUUGUUCGUCAUGUCUUCAGAAAUAACUGUUUCUGCUAAAACAAUAAUAUAUUAAUUUAUAAUACUUCUUAUAAAAUGUAAAAUAUUCUUAGCAAUGAAUUAUUUUUAUCUCCAGCACCUUAAAGUCAACUAGAUAAACAUAUUUAUCUGUAGACUCAUUAUUUCAUAUAGCAACACUACGAGUAUUAAUGAGAAACGCCGUGUUGCCAUAUUACAAUUUGCAUUUAUUGUUUUACAAGGAUCGAUUUUCUAUAAACUAACGUUGAAUUUUAAAAUACAAGACGAAUUUUAUUAAGAAUAUAUAUUAAGUUCAAUAAUAAUGACAAAUGGACAAAUUUAUAUUAAUAAAAAAUAAGAAUCAUAGAUUUGAAAUUUAAUUCUUGAUAAUACAAUACCAGUAGGGGAGUUCUCUCGCUGGCAACCGUAUCGAUUAGAUAUGAAAAGUUUUAUGAAAUAAUAAAUUUAAGACAAUAACAUGAAUUGAUUGUAAAUCGCAUUGUUCUUCUCCGACAGUUCACCCGAAAUGUUUCAAUAUUCUUAUAAAAAGCUUUUGACGUUUUGUAAUAUACUCGAGAAUUUACUGAACGGCUUAAAAGAAAUUCUUCUGUGUUUUUUAAACCACAACACGUAAUACGAACGACACGGUGGAAUAUUUUGUCGUCAAAUUAGUAUUUAUUAUCUGAAAACGUCUGUACGUAUUACAAACAGUGCUCGAUUCGCUUCACACAACCUCUAAACUAAUUUGAUAUUACGAAAACUUCUGCUGUCUCGUUUUAACCGCACACGUUAGAAAGAGAUAACCAAUAUUGACAAAUUAUUUUAGAGAUUGUGUGAAGUUAAUUGAGCAAAAACUUCGUUGUUUUAAAGGAUUUCUUUUAAGCCAUUGUAAUAAAUCUCUUCUUAAAUAUAACAGACUGUAAAUCUGCCAAAUGUAUGUAAUAUUUCCUGCAUUUUGUAAAUUGUUGUGUAUUUGUGGAAAAAUAAUGUGUUUGACCAAACAAUCGACUCAACGAUGAGUCUUUUUAGGUAACAAGUAUCAGUUAUAAUAAAGCGUGAGAUUUUAUAGCUUAAUAUUAUUAUCAAAACUUGAAAACGUUGGGUCUAAAGUCUGGCCGGUGAGAUGAGGCCUUGAGUUGUUCACUUGUAAAAAUAGAGAUUUAGUAUUUAUUAAAAAAUAUAAAUCUGUCGCUAAAUUACAACAUUUAUUGUUAGUUGACCAAUUUGUGUUAAAUGAUGUUAGUUGUUAGUACGGCAAAUUGAAGAUAGGAAUCUUUUUGGAUACAAUUUUUGGACAUCUCAAAGAUACAACGCGUUCUCUCAGCGGCCGGACCAGCUUACUAAUCCUAACCCCGCGAGUAAAUUUAUUGAAAAAAGGGACGUCACAUUGCGUUAUGAGGUAACAAUGGUCAUUCUCAUUAUAUUUCCAAAUAUAUAAAGAUCUUCUAAGGUUCUUCAUUGUAUCCAUUUCUCAUAAGCGUAACUUAACGUAAGGGUAUUUGUAAAAUAUAACGAGCGCGGCCCUCGAACUGCAUUUGGGACGAAUAUGUGAUUUUACAAAUUGGGACCACAAGCCGAGGUCGCUGGAUCUGCUGUCCUUUGUCGUGUUAGAAUAUAGAAGUUAUCUUCAAUAGUCAGCCAGUGGAAUGUGGAAGUUCAACAGCAAGUUCAAGUUAGUUUUAACCAAAUGCAGUCUCGUGUUGUAAUUAUACAAACUGAGCUUUAAGCGACUCCUCGGAGCUUUGCUGUAUUUAUAAAGUGUAAUUUAUUAUGUGAUGUUUAAUGAAAAAAUUCUACCGGCUUGUACCCUAGAGUAGCGAACGAAAUUGAAUAUACACAAUAAAAACGUAUUAUUGAAAUUA